AUGCAUCUCGAUGAAUCUCAAAGGACGAAAAAGCAUACAGAAGGAAAGAUUAGCAAAAAUCUAAAUGGGUACAAAAUAAGAAGGACAAGACACAAAAAGGAGGGCGGAGUUGGUCCAGAGGAGGCCGACGCGUGGCGUCAGAGACUGGAGCGGAACUUCCGGUCGAUCAAAUGUCCUUUGGAGUACCAAGUGGAGUUGGCAGUUCACUAUUUGAGUGGCGAUGCACAUCUGUGGUGGCGGGCCAUUGAGGGUCGGAGGACCGUGUGGACUUGGGGUGAAUUACUUGCAGAGUUCAAAGCCAAGUCAUUAUGGAGCAUGAUGGAGCACUUGGGACGUGAGGAGCAAGGAAGGGCAUUGCAAGAGACUCAGCUCGACCGUGCAGCUCAAGAUGAAGAAAGGAGCCACCUUUAA